UGGAUAUUUCCAACAAUUUGGGGGCUCGUCCGGGAUCAUCAUCGCCCCUCGGGGGUUUCCCCCACUGCCCUGGACAGGAUAGGUGCACCCCGCUGAUUUCAGUGGUCCUGUCUGGGUGGUGAGGUGAUUCCUGGGGACGGCCGAUAAGAAACCGAGACUGUUACAUACAGGACGGGCUCUGAGAAGGCCAAGGGGGUAGAUAGGCACAGGCGUUGGUCAUCACUACUCGGUAACUUCGUGCACGGACCAAGGAUCCGAGGACUGUUAGCACAAACGCCACCUCUGGAAUUCCCGAUUCAUCCGUUUCAACCUGGAGACUGGGUCCUCAUCCAGACCUGGAAGGAGGCAAAGCUGCAACCCGAUUGGGAAGGACCUUUCCAAGUACUCCUGACAACAGAAACAGCUGUCAGAACGGCCGAGAAAGGUUGGACUCACUACACCCGAGUAAAACCCUCCACUAACCCUGAAGUGUGGGAAACUGUUACCACGGAGGAUCCGCUAAAGAUAACAAUUAGAAAAAAAUCUUAGAUGGACUAAUUAUUUUUUUUAUUUUCUCUCUCACUAUUAAUAUAGAUAGAAUAGAAGAGCAUUUAGGAUAUAUUUGUGUUUUUUUAGUGGGACAUGUUUUAUAACGAUUAUAAAUAAUGAUGUGGGAAAAGGACCAGUUAGUCGUAGUAGUUUUGAUUUUAACAAUAAUCAUCUUCAAAAAUUGCCAUAGUCAACUGACUGCUUGGGAAAAGGAUGACCUGCAGAGGGGAGCGGGAGGAUACCCUGUUAAGAUGUGGGUAAAUGUGACCAAGAAAGAAACGCCUCAGACAAUCACAUUUGAUGUUUGCAAUGUGGUAGCCUGUGGGGGCUUAAGUGCUCAACGGCAAUUGAGUCAUGAAGAGAAAUACCUUUGUCCUGAAUUAGGCAUGAAUAGGAGGUCCCCUUGUGGGGGUUGGAAUAAUGUAUGGUGGACAACAGCAUAUCAGGGGUGGACAUACACCCCAGGGAUAUCUGAUACACUGCAAUCACACACCUUAAAACAACGAAUUAGUAUGUUCAAGGGAAUUGUUCAACCAGACUGCCAGGCUUUACAAUGUAAUCCGAUAACAAUAACAAUCAACAAGGCUGAUAGCCUUGUUAACAUCACUUUUGGCCUGGGAAUAAAUAUUCGGGGAAAAGACCCGGUAGCUAGGUUCAGGGUAGCUGUAUGGGAUUCAUUGCCUGACCAUACUCAAAAGGUCCAUGAUAGGGAAGAAGAAGAAAAAAGUCCUUCUAAAGGUUCCGCAAAUGUGAUAAUUACAGAAAUAAAAGAUCUUAGUCAGACAUUUGAAAUUGAGACUGGAUACAAAGAUGUGAAUGCCUGGGUAGAAUGGGUUAAAUAUACUGUUCAGAGUCUCAACCAUAGCAACUGCUAUGCUUGUGCAUCUGGACGGCCCAUAGCUCAGAUUGUGCCUCUCCCUUUGGGAUGGACUAAGGAUCCCCAGGGGAUGCAAUGUAUAAUUGCCCUGUACCAGGAGAAAACCGCCUGGGGAAAAGAGGCCUGUAAGACACUGUCCCUGUUAUUUCCUCCUAUAUCAGAGAUGGAUGCCCAAAUCCCUCCUGCCUUCUCUAGGGCCAUAGGUAACCAUACAGCUUGUCUCUCCAGACAGGGUGUGAAGGCUACCAGGCUUAUAGGAAAUUUUGCACUGUGCAGUGAAACUCUGGAUGUUACAAAGGACUUAGCAGGGAACUAUUCUAGGCUGGAAGUCCCUAGGGCGGAUCUCUGGUGGUACUGCGGGGGAAAGAUCUUGCGAUCCAUUCUUCCAUCUAAUUGGGGAGGUACCUGUGCACUUGUUCAACUGGCUAUCCCAUUCACUCUGGCAUUCGAGAAGAAUCUAUCACACAUUCACAAAAGAAACAAAAGGGGUUUGGGAGCCCCAUUUGAUGACGACAAUAUAUAUAUAGAUUCAAUUGGGGUGCCCAGAGGUGUCCCUGAUGAAUUUAAGGCUAGAAAUCAAAUUGCUGCAGGCUUUGAGUCUCUAUUCUGGUGGGUGACAAUCAAUAAGAACGUAGAUUGGAUAAACUACAUCUACUAUAAUCAACAAAGGUUUAUAAACUACACUAAGGAGGCAAUAAAGGGAAUUGCUGAACAAUUGGACGCUACAAGUAGGAUGGCCUGGGAGAAUAGGAUUGCCCUGGACAUGAUGUUAGCCGAAAAGGGGUGUGUGUGUGUAAUGUUAGGCACUCACUGCUGUACUUUCAUACCAAAUAACACAGCCCCGGAUGGUACAAUAACUAGAGCCCUACAUGGGCUUACUACUUUGGCUAAUGAACUAGCUGAGAACUCCGGAAUAGAUAGUUCGCUCACCGGAUGGCUGGAAUCCUGGUUUGGGAAGUGGAAAGGAAUGGUUGUGUCUGUAUUUACCUCUCUGAUUGUAGUAGCAGGAGCCCUAGUAGCUAUAGGUUGCUGUAUCAUCCCCUGUGUGAGAGGAUUGGUACAGCGGUUAAUUGAAACUGCCCUGAUGAAGCAAACAGAGCCCAUAUCAUAUUUCGGUAGAAUAAUGAUAUUAGAAGAAAAUGAAGACGAAGAAAGUAAAGAAGAUAUUGUAAUUGUACCCUAGAAAAGGAUUGCAGAAAUCAACAGGGUAAAAGAAAAAGAGGGGGGAAUUGUGGAAAGUGAAAGUGUUGUUUCUGCAGUGAACAAUGGAGAAGGGCAAUUGAUUUAAGUAAUUAAGUUGUAGCAUAUUCUUAGAAAUAGUUAGUACGAGAAGUAAGAAUAAUAUACACAUAUCGGUAACAUUUUUAGAAACUUAAUUACUGAAUUACCUAACAAAUUUGUUCUCACAGCAGAUUUUGAAUGUUCUAAACAAUGUGUGUAUAGUGUUUGGAACUAGAGAAUGCAUUGUAACGUUGUUCAUUAGAUCGGCAGAAGUGAAACACAUUUAACAAACUUACAAAGAGUCAGGGCCUUUACACAAAGCAAAACUGUCACACUCUGUGGAAUAUCAGGAUGCCAUAGACAGGCUCCAGGAUACUCCCUACUAUUCUCCUUCCGAGCUUAUCUCUGGAAGGACAGAUGAAUGAUCAGAACAAUGACUUAGUGUAAAGGGGUACAAAUGUUAAAAGGGGGGUCAUAAAACAAUCAAGGGGCUAUGUUUAUGCUAUAAAACAGACAUCCAA